UGCCUUAGCGACGCAACUUUUAUUUUGAAAACCUUUUCCGGAAGCCCCACCUCGCACAGCCGCUGACCUGACACCACUGUGUGUCCCUCCACUCCACUCAGUCGGUUCAGCAUCUGUCUUCAGCAGUCCUCGGAGCGCGCAGUAUGGAUCCGUUACGCAUUACGCACUAUGGUGUCCUUUCUGGCACAGACGCUUUUCUGACACGCGCUUCUGACUCGUGUCAAGACAUCAACUCUUAAAAAGCUGCGGGGACUUGCAGACAAGAAGAAGCGCUUUCUCUCUCUGUCUCUCUGUCUGUGUGUCUGUCUGUGUUGAAUGCAGCAGAGGGAGAAGACACAAGUGAUUCGUGGAGCCUCUUGUUUUCUCCGCUCCGCUCCAACGCGCGCACACACACUUUUUUUUUUUUUUUUUGGACUUAUUUUCAAACGGGAUAUCAUUUGUUGCGCCUACAAUUUUUGGCGUUUUUAUGUGGAUACUUAUUCUGGACCAUGGGAGACUCCGUGUUCCUCGACAGGCAAAACUCUUAUCUCGGUGAUUUCACCUGGAGCAGCCUGUCGGGGCGGAGCGUGCGCCUGGCGCCGGUUGACAUCCAGAGCCUGUCGGAGCUGGAGAGGGCCAAGCUGCAGGAAGUAGCCUACACCCGUUUACACCAGGACUAUGACCUGGGAUGUCAGAUAACCAUGCCAAAAGAUGGACAGAAGAGGAAAAAGUCGCUGAGGAGGAAGUUGGACUCGCUAGCGAAGGAGAAGAGUAAAGACAAAGAAUGCAUCCCCCAGGCCUUCAGUAUCGGGCUCUCCCAGGUCAUCGCCAACGACCGAACGCACCGGCAGCGCCAGGACAGCUACCGUCAGGACCCCCCGCAGAGAGAGGAGCACAAGGACUCCUCCGACCUCGUCUCCUCCAUUUUACAGUUUGCCACCAAGCGGCCGUCCAAUAAGGAGUUAUCCAGCAGUAACUCGUCUUUGAGUUCCACGUCAGAGACGGCGAAUGAAUCAACAUCACCCAACACGCCUGAGGCUGCUCCUCGGGCACGCAGGAGGGGAGGCAUGUCGGUGGACUCCAUCACAGACCUGGACGACAGCCAGUCGCGCCUCCUGGAGGCUCUGCAGCUCUCUCUGCCGGCUGAAACGCCCAAUAAAAAGGAGAAGCACCGAGACAAACGGCUGAGCCUCAACCCCAUCUACCGCCAGGUGCCCCGCGUGGUCGACAGCUGCUGCCAGCACAUCGAGAAAUACGGUCUGCAGACGGUGGGGAUCUUUAGAGUGGGAAGCUCCAAGAAGAGAGUCCGGCAGCUGCGGGAGGAGUUUGACCGCGGCGUGGACGUGCAGCUGGACGAGGAGCACAGCGUGCACGACGUGGCCGCUCUGCUGAAGGAGUUCCUCAGGGACAUGCCCGACCCGCUGCUCACCAAGGAGCUCUACACGGCCUUCAUCAACACCACAUUGUUGGACUCAGAUGAGCAGCAGAAUGUGACCCAGCUGCUGGUCUACCUGCUCCCAGCAUGCAACAGUGACACGCUGCACCGCCUCCUGGAGUUCCUGUCCACGGUGGCCGACCACGCCCACGACCAGCAGGACAAGGAAGGACAGGAGAUCACGGGGAACAAGAUGACGUCUCUGAACCUGGCCACCAUCUUCGGGCCCAACCUGCUGCACAAGCAGAAGAACUCUGACAAAGAGUUCAGCGUGCAGAGCUCGGCGCGCGCCGAGGAGAGCACCGCCGUCAUCGCCGUGCUGCAGAAGAUGAUCGCCAGCUACCAGACGCUCUUCAUGGUGCCUCCUGACCUGCAGAACGAGGUUCUGAUGAACCUGCUGGAGACGGAUCCAGACGUGGUGGACUACCUUCUGAGGAGAAAAGCCUCUCAGAGUCCUGACCUGCUGCAGGCGGAGGAGGCCUUCACGCUGAGCGAGCGCCACUCCUCCAGCGACUCCAACAAGGCGUCCAGCGGCGAGGUGUCGCCGUACGACAACAACUCUCCGAUCCUCAGCGAGCGGCGGGAGGCGGGGAGUCCCGGCAGCGAGCCGCUCUUCAGGGUCCCAGAACAGUUCAGCGUGGUGGGGCAGGUGGCGCCGUGGAGCAGAGAACCAGGGGCCGACACCUGGGGCGCCAAAGACCCGAUAUCAGAGGAGCACGCUAACAUUUGGGGGACGUGGCACGCGACUCUGAAACCGGCCCUCAAGGACCAAACGUACACAGGUUCCCAUGGCAACAUGUCGGAGGGAAGCUCCCGCAGCUCGCAGGAAGGUCUCGACGGUCUCCAUGGCGACAACCGGCCGCAGGCGAUGCUGCAGCGGACGCACACGUCGCCGGGCAUCGCCGAGUGCAGACCCCACCCCCCCGUCACCAGAGUGUGUACGAGUCCUCACGUGGAGGCGGGACACGCUCGCCUGCAGCUCAACGCCAACUCGUCCGUGACGGCGAACCUCAACCACACGCUCGGCCUCCGCCACGGACUCAAACCUCAGACCGGAGACGACGGGCGCUUCCCCCCGCCGUACGACGCCCACCACCGCCUGGCCGGGUCGCAGAGCUCCCCUCAGCUGGCGCCGGCUCAGCGGCCCCCCCUGCAGCACGGGAGGCUCAGCGCGGCGCCCAGUAACUCGACCACGGAGAGCCACAUGGCGCCGCACAGCCCCGAGUGGCAGGACUGGCAGAGGGAGCGCUGGCAGAUCUGGCAGCUGCUCUCCUCGGACAACGCCGACGCUCUGCCAGAGACGCUGGUGUGACAUCACAGCGAGACGUUCUGCUCCGCUCGCCAGCCUCGAUCAAACCUACGGGAUGAAAUAUGAGACACCAGAAACUGAGUUUUAAUUAUUUAUAUUUGAAUUUGCAUUGCUUAACUUGAAUAAUUGCAUU